GGGGCGGGCUGAGGCGGCCGGUGGCAGGAAGGCGUUAUGGCGGCGGUGGCCCAGUGUGUGCGGGCCGCGCUGCGCCCGCGGUACCCGCUGCUCAGCAUCUCCCUCAGGACUUCUCCACGACUGCUUUGUGUAGCAACACAACAGAAAAAUACUGGCCAGAACUUGGAAGAAGACCAGAGUCAGAGCCAAAAUGAGCAGAAGGUUGAACCCAGCUCUGCUGAAAAAAUGUUGACUGAAGAAAAGGCCAAACUGGAAGAACAACUAAAAGAAGUUACUGACAAGUACAAGCGUGCCUUGGCAGAUGCAGAGAACGUGAGGCAAAGAAGCCAGAAGCUGGUAGAAGAGGCAAAGUUAUACGGGAUUCAGAGCUUCUGUAAGGACUUACUAGAAGUUGCAGACAUUUUGGAGAAAGCAACAGAAAGUGUCCCAAAAGAAGAAAUUAAGGAUGAGAACCCUCACUUGAAGAGCUUAUAUGAAGGUCUUGUCAUGACAGAAGUACAGAUCCAAAAAGUGUUUAAAAAACACGGGCUGCUCAGACUGGAUCCCAUCGGCGCCAAGUUUGAUCCCUACGAACACGAGGCGCUGUUCCACACCCCCGUGGAAGGGAAGGAGCCCGGCACCAUCGCGCUGGUCUCCAAGAUCGGCUACAAGCUGCACGGGCGCACGCUGCGGCCUGCCCUCGUCGGCGUUGUGAAAGACGUGUAGCUGCUUAACCAGAGCACCCCAAAUGCCAUACAGCUAUUAAACAGCUUGGAUGGUUUUUCUCUUACCAACCACACGUUCCUCAUUCCUCUGUCCCCUGAGAGGUUUAAAUGAAUCGGUUGAGGUCUCCCAGUGAAGAUGAAGGAACUGGUGAAAUUCUCCUGCUUAAUGGCCUUCAUCAUCACUGUUCUGUCUGCUCUCUCCUUCAACACAAGAGCCAGUUGGCCCUCUGAUGCUGUAGGUUAGGUAACAUUUUUUAUGACAAUUGCUACUGAAGGUGGGUUAGAUUGAAAGUAUCUAAAUGCUCACAAGAGUGUUGUGAUCUCAGGUUUAUCACUGUGCGUACAUUGAAAACCCAAAUGGUGGCUCAAACACUUCCUCUGUAGAACCUGGCGUGGUAGAAGUGGGUGAAGCAGUACAAAUACCCUGUUUUCUGCAAGCAUCCAUCAGCUUGCACACACUGAUGUGAUAAAUUUCCCCUUUUGUCUAUUCAGAAAUAAUCUCAACAACUGAAAUUGAACCCUUUAUGAAUUCUGACCUGUGAAUAAAAGGAAUGGAGAGUAGACGUGCCUUGUAGGUGUUCAGCCCCUUUUCUUCUGUACUAACAUUGACUCAAGAAAAACAUCUAAUGCUUGUAUGGCAUUGAAGAACCAACGGAAUUUAUCCUAGGUCUGGAUUUUUAACUUAGUGUUGUAUAAAUUGGUUUAAACAAUUUUGAUAGUCUUGUAACUGCCAAGCUUUACAAUCAGUUUGUUAUGCAAACUGUAGUUACAGCCCUACUGAGGGCCAGGAUACCCAAAGAAGUGAGUAGCUGAGAGUUUGGUAUAUGCUGUCUUUUAGUUACAUAAAUAAUUGCAUGUGAGUGAUCAAACAAAAAUGUGAACUUAGUUCCACCUUCUUUUCUUGCAUUUACUCAGCUUGGAUCUCAGGUUGCAACAGAACUUGUCUCGUACACAGCUCUUGCCACUUGUGAUUCCACUUGGAGCUGAAGUCUGCAGGGUCCGGCUCUCAGAUCCCACCCAGCAGGAACUGAAAGCUUUCUCCUGCCUUUGGCUGCUCACAGGGAUGGGAGUGGAUGGGACUUGGCAAGUUACCCAAGUGCCACAGCUUCUGUCCUCAGGGCCCCUACAUUUAACACACAGGACAGACACUUCCAAUGUGUCACUAGGACCUGGUAACCAGUAAUAAGACUGAAUUUUGCA